UUAGCUUCUGUAGUAAUAUAGAUUAGUUUUAUAUUUCUGAUGGAGAUUGGAUGAAAAUGGAGAAAUAUUGUUACAGUUUGUUGGGUUUGGAAAUAAAAAUGUAAAAUAAUAUUUCCCAGCAUAAUGGAUAGUUCAGUUGGCAAAGAAAAUGUGGAUGGAUGCAGGGAGUUGUUGGUUUGUGCUGGCUGUCUUAAUCACCUUGAUGAUGAUGAGUUUGUUCAAGCACUCAAUCAAGAGUGGCACACAGAGUGCUUUAGGUGUUCUGCUUGUGAUGCCUCUCUUUCUUCCUGGUACUUUGAGAAAGACGGGCUCUUAUUCUGCAAGGAUGACUACUGGGCCAGAUACGGAGAGGCAUGUCAGGAUUGUAGUCAGAUCAUAACUGGUCCAGUGAUGGUGGCUGGUGAUCAUAAGUUCCAUCCAGAAUGUUUCUGCUGCACAUCCUGUGGCGGUUUUAUUGGAGAUGGAGAGUCUUACGCUCUCGUGGAAAGAUCCAAACUGUAUUGUGGCCCUUGUUACAAGCGUCAAAUGCAGCCGUUAAAGAAGACAACAAAAACACCUUUUGUGAGGAAACCUCAUUCUAUAAGGCUUGUAGAGAUUCCACCAACUAGCAGCAAUUCGCGGGGGAUCAAGUUGUCCGUUGAGAGUGCUGCAAGGUACACCCACCCCCAGCCUAGUGAAGCUCACUGUCCUGGCCUGAGGAUAUCCGAGUUCGUUCUUAAUCUUGUGGGAAAGGUGACAAAAUUGGCCGCUUCUUUAAUUGAAGCAGCAUUCAGGCUUUGCUGCCUGCUCUCGCGAUAUAGGCUGGAUGUCAGUAGUGAUUUGAUGUCUUUGCACAUUGGAGAUCGUAUUCUGGAGGUAAAUGGAACACCUGUCAAGGAUCAGCCAAUAGAAAACAUUGAGAACCUCAUAAGAUAUUCUGACACCGUACUUCAGUUGACGAUAGAGCACGACCCAGACGCAGUGGGUAGACGAAGGCCUACCAUCCCACCCCCUCUACCUGCUCCAACGCUCAAACCCUCCGACAAGGAAAGAUUGUUCAAGCGCAAGGAUGAGGGAUAUGUCUCAGGUUCACGGUCUUCAAGACAGCUGCGGCGGGGAAGGCCCAAUAACAAGGAGCGCUCCUCUUCUAUGUCUAGGCUUCUGGAUGGAUCACCACCCACAUCAAGGGAGGGAUGCGACCUGUCGAGGACACGUUCCUUCCGAGUAGAACCCAAGAACCAGAGGAUAUUCCGAGCCUCUGAUUUGGUAAAGGGAAGGCUCCUUGGUCAGGGGUUCUUUGGAAAGGUUUACCAAGUCACCCACCGGGACACAGGAGAAGUUAUGGUUCUGAAAGAACUUUACAGGGUUGAAGAAGAUGCUCAGAAAAAUUUCCUAAAAGAGGUUGCCGUUUUGCGUAGUCUCCAUCACCAAAAUGUCCUGCGGUUUAUCGGAGUCCUGUACAAAGACAAAAAACUACACCUAGUCACAGAAUUUAUCUCAGGAGGUACCCUCAAGGAUCUGAUACAGGACAUGAGUGAACCUCUUCCUUGGGAGCAGAGAGUGAGCUUUGCCAAGGACAUUGCAGCAGGCAUGACUUACCUCCACUCAAUGAACAUUAUCCAUAGAGAUCUCAACUCCAACAACUGUCUAGUCAGAGAAGACAAGGCUGUAGUGGUUGCGGACUUUGGCUUGGCAAGAAUAAUUUCGCAAAGCAAUUCUGAAAGAGGGUCAGGGAUCAGUCGUAUUGGUGCUCGUAGAUUUGGAACAAAAACUGGUCCGAACUCCCACCGCAGAUGUGAGCGCAAGAAACGCUACACCGUCGUGGGAAAUCCAUACUGGAUGGCUCCGGAGAUGAUGAAAGGCAACAAAUAUGACGAAAAAGUGGAUAUUUUUUCAUUUGGGAUCGUUUUAUGUGAGAUCAUUGGAAGAGUCAAUGCAGAUCCCGAUUACCUACCAAGAUCUUCAGACUUCGGCCUCAACCAGAGUGUAUUCAGAGAGAAGUUUUGUGCAACAUGUCCUGAACCAUUUUACAGAAUAGCCUUUCUUUGUUGCGACCUGCAACCAGAUAAAAGGCCACCAUUUGAAGUGAUGGAAGUGUGGCUGGAAGGACUUGCUAUGCAUUUAUCUGUUGGUAAAUCCUUGCCACAGGAUUUAGAAUUUGACAUCUACCAUUACACAGGGAGGAGUGGAAGUUCAUCUGAGUCUACUACCCCUGAAAUAGCAACACCAGAAGUUUUGCGAACUUCCAGUCCUGUUCUUGUGUCAAUCCACGAGAAAAACAAGUCUAGUCCUGAGUGCCUAUACAAGACUGUAGAGACAACUGCACUCUAAACUGCUCAACAUAGCUCUACCUGUUUCAUAUAGCAAUUAGAUCAUUUAUACUCCUAAAAAACUGACCCUGUGUAUUCUUGGAGCAAUUCUCUACUAAUUGGAUAUGCUGCUUGACUACACUCAUAAACCCAGAUCAAAAACAAAAAGAGAUUCCUGCAAAUUUGGAUGUGUGUAAAGGAAAAUAUGUAUGUGUUGAAGGCUGUUAUACGCUAAUUACCAAUGUUGCGCCUUUAAUUUUUAAUUUAUUUUCUGUACAUCACAAAUUACAACACUAUUGUAUUUUGUAUCUGUAGGAUAUCUUUUUCUACUGACUUGGAUUGUGUAAAAUUAUCGUCAAUUCCAAGAAUUUUGAAUCUCAAAUUAAAUUUUGUUUCAUUUGAAUCUCACCUUGAAUCAAUGUAGGACUUUGUACAUUAUGCAAUAUGUAGAAUAUACUUUACUGUAAAAGUUAAUUCCAAUUGUUAUUCCAUUGUUAUAAUGUCUUGGUUGCUUAUUAUUGUGAUGUAAUACAUAACAACAUGGCAUCUAUGAAUAUUAGGUUUCACAGCAUUUAAAAAGUAAUUUACCCAACAAGAUAAUUUUUUUAAUAGGUUACAGCAAAGUUUAAACUUUAGAAACUAUUUGCUAGUUGAUCAUACGAUAAUUUAAUAAAAAACAAAAAUUUAACUAAGAAUGUUUACAAAUGAAAAGUUCUUAAAUGUUUUGGUUCUUAAAUAUGGCUUAAACUAUUUGAUAGUCUUAAUUUUUUGUCAAUUACUUUUGUCCUAGGUGGUUAUUUUAUGUAAAUUUGUCGUUUUUAAAGUCAGUCUUCACAAAUAAACAAUUUUUUGUGAUAUAAUUAUUGGCAUUGAUAUAAGAAUACAAUUUGUUUUUUAAGGGCAUUGAAAACAUUUAAACCAUUAGAAACGGCUUUGUAAGGAAUGUACAAGUUUUAAGUGUUCAGGGUUUAUAUUCCUAGGCAACUUUUUGAUUGUAUAUAUAUAUAUAAAAUUAUAAUCUACUUAAUAGUAUAUAAUAUUAUUACUAUUAUUAAUGUUUACAAUGCCUUUGACUAGUUUAUUACUGUUGUUGCUUCCCAUAAAGAUCUGAAAUGUAGCCAACUUAAUCAAGUACAAGUAAUGAUAUUGUUAAUAAAAUAUUGUUAUCAUUAGCACUAACUGCAGGAUACAACCAUAGCUAUUAAUGAAAAAUCCACAUUCUUGCCAUACAUUUAUACCAACUAUAAACUAUACCAUAACCAUUUGUUUUUCCUGAUAAUACUUCAUACAACACACAGAUAUGAACAUGUCUACUCAUCUAUCACAAAUCAGAUCAUUUUGCUGUUAACACCCCUCAUCUCUUUGGCUUUUUUUUUUUUUUGUUAAUUUGCAUUACAUUGAUUCUAAA